UUGCAGUAAGCAGCGCAACAAAUCAUUCCGAGAAUUUCUUCGAUUUCUUCAUAAAUAUUUUUUGGUAUUUUUUCUUCGAUAAGAACUUCAAACAUGUAGUACGUGUUGUGAAAUGUUCCUUUUAUCUCCAACCAAAAUGGAUUUAAAGUUGUUCAUCAUCUGUGUUUUUGUCAGCUUUUUAAAUACAGUAUCCCGUCAACAUCAGUUCAUGUACAAACCGACCGAGUUUCCAUAUUCAAGAUGCACUUCAAAUUAUCUGGGUCAAGUAACGUGUGAAAACCUUAAUAUCAGUAAAGAAAGACGAGACCAACAGAGUAUGUGGCCACCUGGGCCAUAUGCAAUACCAAUGUCCAAGUAUGGCUGUCCUGAGUCACAGUCCCGCGGAUGGUUUAAAAGUUUUUUGAAGUUGAACAUGGUCGUACCAAGUAACAGUUCUGACAGUUCCUCUACACUUUAUGACAGGGAAUCGGAGCGGAAGUCUUUAUUCGAAGACGAUGACUUUUUCAAACCACCUUUCAAAACGGAGGAUUUGAAGCUGUAUUUUUGCGUAAAAUACCGAAAUGAAACUAAACUUGAUCAAGGACAAUGGAUUCCAGGAAACUACAGCAUUUAUAAGAUUGGACAAACGUGUCCUUUAGAAUUUGAAGAAUCAAGCCGAACACUUCCCGUCAGAGACUUUGAGUCUUAUGGUAUUGUUCCUAAUAUUGAAGUUCCUAAUAAAGAAGUAUUGCUAAAAAGAUCUUGCUACAGAGAAAAGAAAGGAAUCAUUGCUGAGUGCUUCAAAGGAACUCCACUGAGAAAAGACGGGAAGGAAAGGGAUAAGACUGUUAUCACGAAAUUGCCAGAAAUGUUUUACAGCUCUAAAUUACUGCAUCAUAUGAGGAUUGACGAUAAGCUGAUUGGCAGUCAGUCUUAG